GCAGAGAGUCUGAUCACUUGUCUUUCGCUCACACAGGAGUUUACAUUUCUAAAUAAAACACCCUAGGAUAUUAUUAUGUCUUUUAACAACAUGUCAGACCCGAGGAGACAGACUAAGAUUCUACGGUACAAGGCCCCAAGCACGGACACCAAUCCCACGCUUGAGGACCCCACGCCGGACUACAUGAACCUGCUCGGCAUGAUCUUCAGCAUGUGUGGACUGAUGCUGAAGCUGAAGUGGUGCGCCUGGAUCGCCGUCUACUGCUCCUUCAUCAGCUUCGCCAACUCCAGAAGCUCGGAGGACACCAAACAGAUGAUGAGCAGCUUCAUGCUGUCCAUCUCGGCCGUCGUGAUGUCCUACCUACAGAACCCUCAGCCGAUGUCGCCGCCAUGGUAGCCGACGGCCAAUCGCGGAAGAGCACGGGUAGUGAAAUCAUGGAUGACGAAAACAGCUGAUAGUGCCCCACCCCACCACCCCGCGGCGAUCGUUGAGUAAAACCAGAGACGGAGAGAAAUCUAAUGUGAUAGAAGGAGAGAGGAGACAGGUGACGAGAGGAGGAGGACGACAGUAAAGAGGACACUACGUCAAGACGGAGACAUCGAGUGGUCUCUGACGGCCUCCGGCUGUUUUUCUUCUUUUUUUUGAACCUUUUCUAACGUUUGUUUGUUGAUGAAAUCUUCCAAAUUCUGUUGCAGGAUGUCAUAAAUAAAGUUGUAUGAUUUUAAAAGGA